AUGGUUCAAGAGUGGGUUCAUGGAAUUUGCGGGUGCACAGAAAAUGUGCCCUGGUGUCUGAUCACGUGUUUCUUUCCCUGCGUGACGUCAUAUAAAGUGGGAGUGAGACUGGGAAUGAAAAUAGCAGCUAUAGUAUCGGUGAUAGUUUGCGGUCUUUGGGCAGUUAGCGACUCAGUUGCGUCGUAUGCUAUUAUGAAUACCCAAGCGUAUCAUACCAGCCAACAAACUGGGGUUAUUGUGGAGCCGGAAGAAGACAAAAUGUACUCGCUUAUCCAGCAGGUUAUGGCUGGGGUGGCUUUAAUUAGCACAAUUGUCUUCGUCCUGGUCGUGUUCAAAUUCCGAAUGGCUCUUAGAGCCAAACAGGACAUUGAAGGCGGAGCCUUCGCAGACUGCUGUCUCUCGUUGUGGUGCACCUCAUGUGUGUUGUGCCAAUUGCACAACCAACAGGACUUCGAGGAGCAGAACGGCGGAGGGGACGGCAAGACUCCCGGAGGACAGAACAUUUCACGAGCUUGAUCACCUCACCUGACUUGAUCACGUGAUGACGGAUUGCAAAAGUUUGCAAAAGAUAUGAACUAUUUUUUUUGUAGCUUGAAAAAAUGUUCCAAAUUUAUUCGUUUAAAAGCUAACCGUUGUAGUUUAUAGAUAUGUCACCAAUUUGCAGAUUAAUCCUAGCUUCUUGUGAUUUAUGUUUUCUAAAAUCAUUGGUUCAUUUGAAAAAAAUUUUGAUCGCGUCAUUUAAAAAAUAAUUAUGACUACAUUACUACAAGGCUAUGAACAAGGCUGUGAUCUAAUUGAAAAUCUUACAAAAACUGUCUACCGUUUUAUUCUUGAAAUAACUUAAUUUAUGAUUGUCAACAAAAGAUUAAUGUCUGUUUUGAUAUGUCGUUAUUUGCAUUUAUUCCUUGGUGUAAUAAAAAUAGAAAUUAGAAUACGUCACUAUCUGCAUGGUAAAUUUACAGCAAAAUUUAUUAUUAA